CCCAUCUCCCCGGGCCACCCCGGGCCACCUCGUCAUGGUACCUAUCACAAACCCCCAGCGCAUAAUCGCAUAGUUCAUCUGUACUCUGUAGUCCAGCCCAUUAUGCCCCCUUCAAAUGCUUCCUUUUUGCGGCGCUGCACUCUGGAGUUCCGACGCACCUAUGCCGGCCCUGUGAUUGGCGCUCUCGGAAUUCCUUCUAUAUUAUUAGUUAUUGAAGGAGCCCGACCGCGUCUGCCUUUGGUCGGGGCUGGGCGUCACUUUAAGCGGGGCCUUUGCUCUCAUUUCUCCGUUUUCAUUUAUAUACUGACGCUCGCUCCCUGUUUCCCGCUCGCUCGCUCGCUCGCUCGCUUUUUCUUUUCUUGGAAAGUCGACAUGCCGCAUCAUCACCAUGACUGAUAUCCACCGUCCUUUGGUCCCGGUGUCUAGUGGGACUCGUCGGGAGAGUAACGGCGAUGAUGCCUGCCAGCAGUCUAGGAAGAGGACUAAUAUCGGUGUUGCUUGUACGGCGUGCAAGGCUCGGAAGUUAAAGUGCUCCGGCGCACCUCCCUGCCAAAAUUGCCUAAAGAACCACGUCGAAUGCACCGUCGACAACACCAGCGAUAAACGCCGCAAGUCCGGGAUCAAGCGCAAACUCGAGACCCUUGAAGAUCGCAAUGAUUUAUUAUUAAGUCUUGUCCGGACACUUCGUGAUUCCGCCGACCGUCGCGUGCUCCAGCUGCUCGACCUUAUUCGCAGUGAUGCCUCCCUGGCUGAGAUACAAUUCUACCUUGAUGAGGAGCGGCCGUGCGGGGAUUCAGAGAGGAAGAAGGUGACGCCUAAGAGUUUGGAGUGGGAGCUUAGGAAUGGAAAUGGGCCACAGUCGGAGUCAGAGUCGCCUGCGACAAGGACCGUGUUCUCGCCGGAGCAGUUGGCGGAUGUUCCGUUGUUUGAUGUACCGGCGGCGCCGUGGACGAAUAUCACCCAGGAUGCGAGGUUCGUCUCGCAGCUGGUGUCGUUGUGGUUUACUUGGUUCCAUCCAUUUUUCAACUGGUUGGAUCGAGACUUGUUUAUACGGGAUAUGAGGUCGGGAGAGUUGAGGGUGCGGUGUUGUUCGCCGUUGUUGGUUAAUGCUAUGCUAGCUCUGGCUUGUACGCAUUCGAAUUCGGCCCAGGCAUAUGCAAUCCCCGGGGACACGGCUUCCAGAGGCGCGCAUUUCUACAGCGAAGCGAAACGGCUAUUUGUCGAAGAAGAAGGCAGAAUCACCCUUGCUACAACACAAGCUCUGGGCUUAUUAUCGGUAUAUGCCAGCCUAACCUGCAAAGGCCGCUCCGGCUGGAUCUACCGAAACAACUUCGCUUUCGCUGUCGACGAACUCUCAAAACAACAACCCCUUUCUCGCCCCACGGCCCACCACCGGGUAAUAGACCACACAAUAUGGGGCCUAUUUAACAUUGCGACGCUCAAAGCCCUCGCAUUAUGUAAGAUUCCCACGAUUAAGACCCCCAAUCGGCCUUUGCCGUCGCCGGUGUGCUCGGCGGAGGAUGUAUGGCAUCCGUACCCGUUGCAAUUGGAGGGGUCGCAGGCGCAUACGAGCUGUGUGUUUCAUGCGUUGUGCGGAUUGAAUCGCAUCGUGCAUGAUCUUGCCUGGGUUUACUUUGGUGGGAGCAAUCCACCACUGGCCGAUUUGGAGGCUAAAACAGAGAAGUUCUGUGCUCGAUUACGAGAUUGGAAAGAUCGGUUACCCAUCUGUUUGAGAGAAUCAGAGGAGACUCAAGUUCCUCAUGUAUUAUGUUUCCAUAUGUACUACUACUGCAUCUGCAUAACCCUUUCCCAACAUGCCCCGUCCAUAAAACCCGACCUCGACAAUACCUCCCUCUCCCCCUUCCCCAACACCUCCAGCUACCACGACACCCUCGACCUGUUCUACGCCCGCAAAAUCUCCACCCUAACGCGCAUCCACCGCACCGCAUGGGGAACAGACCGCACCCCCGUCCCAAACACGCUCUGGGUGACAACCGCUCUUCUUCCUCUCCUCCCCAACCUCUCCAACCCGCAAAACCGCGACGCGUUUAUCAGCCUCGCUGUGUCAGCGAAAGCUUUCGCAAGACGGUCGGUUGUCGGAAAGGCAAAGCUGGAGUUAGUACAGCGACGGGCAAGGGAGAUGGGCGUUGAAUGGCCGGUUGAAAUUGGGGCUUUGUUUGCGGAUGAGGAGGAGGUUCAGGUUGGGGGUCGGAUUGGUGUUGCGUCGGCGUCGUCGGGACCGGGGAGGAAGAGGGCAAAGGUGGGAUUAUGAGUUUGCUUUUCUUUUUCUUGUUUAUUGGCUUCUUUCGGGGCUUGCAUAAUCACCACAUUUGCAUGGCAUGUUGGCGUAGUUUUUUUUUUUUUUGGGAUGGGAUUACAUGGCGCUACGGGUAGGGAAUACUAGUAAUACAUGGAUUGGUUUGAUUUAGAAUGUGUUGCAGCUAUCAUAUUCCCUUCUACCGGAUCCACCGGUCCCCUCAGUACAGCCAAUGUACAUCCUCGGAUCCUACUUCAGCUGUC